GUGCUUCUGUAUUCAUAUUUUCUGCUUGUCAAAUACAGUCACAUGACAGCUUCCUGUAGCCUUAUCAACAAAGACUCCUCGCCUUCAGGAUAACUUUUCUCCGUUGUUCCUGUACGGUACAAACAGGUCGGGAUGUGUCUCAGAUAACACCGCUGUGUGUUAACAUCGCUCCUUGUUGUUUUAGGACAGAGACAAAGCACAGAGCGGAAGUUUAAAAGAUGUCGGCCGCCGUGGACUUCCACUCUCAGAUCGCCUCCAUCAUGGAGGUGCUGGCUAACGCGGCCGUGGCGGAGAUCUGUAAGGUGGUAGACGACGGCUACGCGGUGGUUCACCUGGAGAUGACCCGCAGCCAGAAGGAGAGCGAGUUCCUGCGGAGGAAGAUCAAACUGCUGGAGCUGCAGGUCGCCCGGUACCGAGCCGAGAGGGUGAAGGCGGCGGAGGGAUCUGUGAACAGCCGCUUCCAUGGGGUCCGCCUCUUCAGCCGGCAGAGCAGAGACUCAGCGGCCGGCCCCUCUCUGCAGGGCAGGACCAGGUUUUUGAAUCGGGGUCCAGCAGCCCAGCAGUCUCUGCAGAAGACCCCCCCUAUAAUCCUGGACCAGGACCCUGAUCAGGAGGUCGUCACCACCACUAAAACUGAGUCUGCAGAGCCUGAGGAGGAGGAGGAGCUGCUCAUAGUGAAGGUGGAGGGAGCCACUGAGACCGCCACCGCCCACCAGGAGGCGUCAUCGAACCCCUGCAUCAACAGAGGAGACAUCGACCCCCCCACAUCGCUCCCCACCACCUCAAAGGACGGCGGAAGACAGCUCAGUGAAAUGGAGGUCAGUGGAUCUGACGUCGUCACCUUUGUUGUCAGCAGGACACCUGAGACUGACCGCAGAGACCCCGCCCACUGCUCACUGAUCACAGGAAGUGAAGUAAGAGCAGGGGGCGCUGAAGUGACGGCUUCCUGUGAUGGUGUAAGAGACGGCAGGAGGGAGAAGGCGUUGUCCCUGUUAGAGGUGAUAGUGAUUGAUGGAGGGGGGGAGGGGUCAGGUGAGACUCAGAGAGGGAGUGACAGACAUGAACAAAAAUCUGCCAUGAUGCAGCGUGCUGGGCAGGUCAAAAGGUCAGUCCUUCUUCCCAGUGACCCCAUUGGACCAUCCAGAGGAGGCUCUGCCUCCAGCAUUAGCCUCUCCAGUAACCCCCCAGGUGUUUCUCUGCCCCGCCCAGCGAGCCUCCACAGACCCGCCCCCAGAGGCCUCCACCUGGCCUUCUACCACGCAGCCACAAUGGAGCGUCCGUACGGCUGCACCCGCUGCACAAAGCGCUUCUUCCUGGAGUCGGACCUGCAGAAACAUGCGGCGCGGCACACCCGGGAGAAACCAUACGCCUGCUCGCUGUGCGGGAAGAGCUUCGUGUGUCAGAGCCAGCUGGACAUUCACCACAACGUUCACACAGGGGAAAGACCGUUCAGCUGCUCCGUCUGCAGCCGCCGCUUUUCCCACCCCAGCAACCUGAAGAGGCACCAGAAGAUCCAGCACGCCCAGGGACGUCCGACACACCUGAGCAGCCCUCCGAGCGAGUGGGAAGAGAAGAAGGAGGUGACAGGUGACUCCCCAGAGAAAAAAAGCCCAACUCAAUCACUGCUCUACUGGCCAGAGAGCAAGCAGUCUGGAGGAUCAGAGCGGCCUUCUUGUUCCUCAUACACAGCAGUCUCUGCAGCAGGAAGUUCAUUCAGCCUCACAGGCAAAGUGAGGUCAAUCCCAGAGCCUGACGUCAUUGUGAUUGACUCGGGACAGGAUGGCUGUGGUGGUCUGAUACCUGGAGCGUGUAGAUGGGAUGGAGUGGAGGGUGUAACCAGGUCUCAGAACCCCUCCCUGCUGUGUCUGUCUUCAGGGGAAUCCACUUGGGACAUCUCUGCCCACACCACCUCCCCUGUUACCAUGGAUAAAGUAAACCUCCUGCAGCAGAACUCAUGGUCAGGAGUCCAGCAAAUGGACCACUUCUCUGAUCAGAUCAGAACCAGGCACCCAACACUCAGAACCAGAAUUCCUUGUCCCAGGAGCCCAGCCUCCCCUUCCCCUGCUCCAUCUGCUCACGCCGGUGACCAACAAAGGACUGCCCACUUGCUGCUUGACUGGCAGGAGAGACAGAUUGGAGACACACAUACAGGAGCAGGAAUCUGGGUCAAAUUCUCACUCCACUGUAAGCUCCUCAUCCACGAGCGCACCCACACUGGAGAGAAGCCAUACCAGUGCUCUCAGUGCGACAAGAGGUUUGGCAGGGUUUGCAGCCUGAAGCAGCACCAGAUGCUUCAUACGGGGGAGAGACCAUUCCACUGCCCCCACUGCGAAAAGGCUUUCCUCACUUCUGCCGACCUGAAGAAUCACAUGAUGUUCCACACUGGGGAGAGACCGUUCCACUGCCCCCACUGCGAAAAGGCUUUCCUCACUUCUGCCAACCUGAAGAAUCACAUGAUGUUCCACACUGGGGAGAGACCGUUCUCACUGCGAGAAGACGUUCUCCAACUCCACCAGCCUGAGGGUCCACCAGAGCGUCCACACUGAAGAGAGAUGCUUCCACUGCUCCAAGUGUGGCAAGAACUUCUCCUUCCUCAGCGAACUCAUCUGACACCAGGCGAUGCACCACAACAAGUGACACAAAGAAACAGAGAUACAGGGACACAA